AUGGCUGCCAACGCUUCGGUCGCGUUUGACCUCCCUCCACUCCCAAGUUACACCCUCACAGAGCGACAGCCGGUCUUUCCGCCCAUUCCCGAUAACGUUGUCGCCCUCCUUCUACCGAUUGUUGCCUAUUGGGUAUUGUCGGGCAUCUACCACUACCUCGAUGUCAAUAACUACUUUGAACAAUACCGUCUACACACCCCGGCCGAGUUGUCAAAGAGGAACCGAGUCAGCCGCUGGGAGGUUGUCCGUGAUGUGAUCCUACAACAAAUUAUUCAAACCAUCGCGGGUUGGUCAGUCGCGUAUUUUGAUCCCCCCGAGAUGACCGGCUUGGACGACUAUAAUGUGGCGACCUGGGCUCAACGCGUCCGCAUCGCUCAGCGAGCAAUUCCCACCAUCUUGACCGUCCUCGGUGUCGACGCCACCGGUCUGGCCAAGUCGGUCUCGCAGAACGCCGGAGGUUCUUAUCCCACCAUGGUGCAGUCAAUGGUCUUGGAAAACGGAGCUGAGAUCACUGCCCCCGCCUUUGCUGGCUGGGAGUUGACUCUGGCCUCAUUUAUCUACUGGUACUUCGUUCCAGGUCUGCAGUUCCUCAUCGCUAUCUCCAUCGUCGAUACCUGGCAAUACUUCCUCCAUCGCGCAAUGCACCUCAACCGCUGGCUAUAUGUAACCUUCCAUUCCCGCCAUCACCGUCUGUACGUCCCUUACGCCUUCGGCGCCUUAUACAACCACCCCGUGGAGGGCUUCCUCCUAGAUACCGCCGGUACGGGUAUUGCCUUCCUGGUCACCGGCAUGACCAACCGCCAGGCGAUGUGGUUCUUCACCUGCUCGACCAUCAAGACCGUUGACGAUCACUGCGGCUACGCCUUCCCCUGGGAUCCCCUACAACACUUCACCUCCAACAACGCUGCCUACCACGAUAUUCAUCACCAAAGCUGGGGCAUCAAGACCAAUUUCUCUCAGCCCUUCUUCAUUUUCUGGGACCGACUGCUGAAUACCCAAUGGAAGGGCGAGGUGAAGCUCCGCUACGAGCGGGCUCGGGACAACGCACAGAAGCAGGUGGACAUGGAGACGGCCCAGGCGGCCGAAGCUGCCGCCAAUGCAGUGACGACGCCCACCAUCGAGCCUCAGCCCGCGGUGGUCUCUUCCGAAGGACCAGCCACACGCACUCGUUUGCGCCGCAAAACCGUCGACAGUCUCAAGGGCCCAAGCCAUGGUGUUCCGGGCAGCGUUCUGCACAAUUAA